ACACAAGCAUACACAAACACACACUCGCACACACUCGCCGAGCUCUUCUCCGACAGAGGAGAGAGAGCGCGAGCGCAGAGAGGGAUAAACAGAGGGAGAGAGAGACUAUAGGAACGCAGCGGCUCGUGUGUGUGUGCGUGUGUGUGUGUGAAGGUACGCUCGCUCGGUGGUAGAAACGACUGGCGGGGCGGAUAUGGAGGGGCUCGGGAAAAACGCUGGGAACUGACCGAGCACCGAGACGAAGAGAGGGAAAGGAGAGGAGAAAAGAGGAGAAGAGAAGAGAGAGGAAGGACGGACAGCACGGAAGGAAAGAAGGAAGGAAGGAAAGGAGGAGAGGAGGAGGAGAGAGAAGUCUGACAGAGGAGAGGAAGACUGUGAAGAAGGGGCUCGUCUGGAACACAGAAAGAUCCUAAGGAGUGAGCCCUGGGCUGGAUGGGACCCACCAUGCCCCCCAGUAAGAAGGCCCAGAGCCCCAGUAGUGGAGCCAGUGCUUCUCAGGGCAUGAGCCCGCCGUACCGGCAGGGGGACGCCGCCACAGCAGCAUCCGAGGCCGAGGCGGCCGACCUCUCCCUGUCCCUGUCCGCCUCCUUCUCCAAGGCCGAGGACGAGGAGCUCACCAGCCUCUCCUGGCUCCACGAGAGCACCGACCUCCUCAACAGUUUCAGCCACUCGGGGCUGCGUAGCGUCUCCCCCCUGCAGGACCCCGACGGUCAGCACCCCCGCUCGCCAUCCUCCUCGUCUCCCUCCCCGGACGACCCCCUGCUCGGGGAUGCGCAUUCAGCGUACGACUUGGCAGCAGGGGCCAACAGAAAACCGCCGUACUCCUUCAGCUGCCUGAUCUUCAUGGCCAUCGAGGAUGCGCCAAACAAGCGGCUGCCAGUGAAGGAUAUCUACGGCUGGAUCCUGGAGCACUUCCCUUACUUUGCAAGUGCCCCCACUGGCUGGAAGAACUCAGUGCGCCACAAUCUGUCGCUCAACAAGUGCUUCAAGAAGGUGGAUAAAGACCGGAGCCAGAGCAUAGGCAAAGGCUCCCUGUGGUCCAUAGAUCCGGAGUAUAGGCACAACUUGAUCCAGGCGCUGAAGAAGACGCCGUAUCAUCCCUACUCGCCUGGGCUGGCCACCCCCUCCACUUCCCCACCCACCCUGCCUCAGACAUUUCACCACAGUCCUCCAUUGUGGUCGGGGAGUCCCCUCUUCAGAAAGAACGGAGGAGUUCUCCUACAAGUUCCUCGUGGUGUGAUCCAAAAUGGCGCCCGUGUUAGGAGCCAGGCACUCUUCCCUGUGAUAAGACCCCUACCUGUAAGCCCUGUGGGGAGCAGAACCUCGGCCAUAAGAUCAUCCCUGGGAGAUUAUCUAAGCCGAGGACAGGACAGCCCAUCCCGCUACUCUCCCCCGCUCUGCAGCGAGGACCUCCAAGACGACCACACUUACAGCACCGCCAAAUCCCCCAGCAGGCUUUGCUCCUCCCAGGCCGGAACCCCUUCCUCCCCGCUGGACGACGACGACGACAUCAUCGCCGUGGAGAUCCAAUCAGACGUCAAACCCGAGCCUCGGGAGAUCCCGCUGGAUUCUCACAUCACCACUGCCGCCGCUACCUACAUUUCCCAGCAGCCCCUGCGCGGACAGAGACGUAGCUCGGGGCCGGGAGCUGGGACUCUGGCAGGGAGCAGUUUGCCCUGGACCAAAAACCGAGCGAGGGGCAUUAGCGACACGCUGCCGCUGAAGAAGCGGCGCGCGGCGGCGGUGGAGAAGCCGCCGGAGAGCGACGACGAGGAGAUGAAGGAGGCGGCGGGGUCGCUGCUCCACCUGGCGGGGGUCAGAGCCUGCCUCAACAACAUCACAAACCGCACCGCCAAGGGCCAGAAGGAGCAGAAAGAGGCCCUUAGAAACUAACACACACAUAUUACAUAGUCAUGCAAACACACAGAUGUAUACCGUGGGGUCACUUUAGUGUCUUUAUCAUGCAGUCAAACAGAAAAGAGAGAAAAACUAUCACCACUGCAGUCAAAAAUGUUUUGUUGCAAGUAAAAUACAUUUGUGAUAAAAAAAAGUAUUAAUGUGGAUAUAUAAUAAUUUGCAUAUCCAAACGUGUCGACUGGGGUGACAGCUUGGCAACAUCGCUCCGGCUCCGUCUUCUCCAUCGACUCCAAAACAGCGGAUGUUGCCGAGCCGUCACUCUGAUCAGUAGAAAAGUGAUUCAUCUUUCAGCUCAGCAGCAAGCACAAGUUUUGGAUUUGCAAAUUAAGAUUUGGAUUCAAAAGCAUCAUUUUGGGAUUUGCAAACAAAACUUUUGGGUUUAAAAAAAAUCUUUGGAUUUGCAAACUAAACUUUUUGAUUAAAAUGCAACAUUUUUGAAUUUGCAAAAAAUUUGGGGGGAUUUGAAAACAAAACUGUUGCAUUCAAAUGCAAAAUUUGGGGAUUUGCAAACAGAACUUUUGUAUUUGCAAACAAAACACUUGGUCCAAAACUUUUUGAUCUGCAAUGAUACACUUUUAAUCACAAAUGUAUUUUACUUGCAAUAAAACAUUUCUGGUUGCGGUGUCGAUAGUUUUGCUCUCAAAUCUAUUUUUUAUUGCAGUGUGGAAAGUUUUACUCUUAAACCUCUUCUGUUGAUUUCAUAAUAAAGACGCUUAAGUUACUCUACAGUAUACAGCUCAAAACACGCACACACACAUUAACACACAUACAAUACACAAAUAGGUCAACAGGUAACGUUACUACAGCAUUAGUCUCAACGGACACUUCUCAUCUCCCUCUAUCUAUCUGCAGGGCAUUAGGUGAAUCCUACUUAUUUGUGGCAAUAUCAAAAAUCUAUGUUUUCCUACAUGUUCAGCAACACUAACAUCAAUGGGUAUUUCUCAUGUGUCUUUGUUGUUUUUGUUGUUUAAAAAGGGGAUGAAAGCCAUAAAAAAAGCAUGUUUUGUCACUAAUUUGGACAAGUUGAACAAAACUGAAUCACAUUGAGGAGCAUAAACACAGAAGAUGGCUGUUUGUCUUACCUGUUUGUUUCUAUGUGAAUCUGUAGCAAUCUUGCAGUGAUGCCAGCAAAAGACGGCAGAGCCUAUUUAACAAGACUUAGCGCUCUCUGGGCCUCCGCUCGCUCGCAUCACUCUCCUACAUCCACGAGCACAAAUGUGAGACUGUGCCAAAGAUAAGCGACCAGGUUGCUUCAUGUAGCCGAUAACGACAGCUGACAAAAAAAAAAAGAAGAAGAGAAGGCAUAGUAGUAAAGAAGAGCUAGGGAGUCAAAAUAAUUGUAAAACCCAAUGUGAUAUAUAUUCAUGCACUUAAGAUUAUUUAACACCACUUAUAAUAAAAGCAUCAUGGGUAAAGACAUGGUUUAUUUCAAGAGCACUCAUAGUAUUUAAGAAUAGAUAUUUUAAAAUAAAAAAAAAGUCAUGUUUAUCACCAUAGAGAUGGAUAGUGUGCCGGGUCUGAGGCAAUAUCUCCUUCAUUUUGUUGUUGUUGUUGCAUAAUGUAAACGUCCCUUAACCUCCCCCCAGUACUUCUGUCCAUAGACGUAGACACCUGGUAUAGAUAUCGUAGCUACCAGCAGCUACCACACCUUCCUAUUCAUUUGACAAUGUCAAAGAACUAUAUACAUGAACUGUGGGUUUCUGUUUGUGUCUGUUUACCCUCACUCUACCCUCAUAAAGAUAUAAGCAAUUUGUCCCGUGUGGACAACUCUGUAAAAAGGUUAGAAAAUAUUUUAUUUUUUUCCUUUCUUAAUUGAAGCAAUUUGACCUGCAGGACUUUCUCAGUUAUAUUGCAUGGGUGCUUGUAAAUAAGAUAAAAAGCAAAUCUUUUUUAUUCAAAGAUCAUGUAAGAUAAACAAUGUAUUUAGCAUGAAGCAUGACUUAUUUUCAUAUAAACCUUGAUCCUAGAGGAAAGAAAAAAAGUUUUGCCGCCAAUUCUUAUACCCGUGAUUAUAUUGGAUUUUUUUUUUUUUCGUUGAAUUUUUUUUGUUUUCGUUGAUUUUUUUCUUUUUUUUUUUUUUUUUUCUUCUGAGCGGGCUUUCAAAGACACGUCUUCAGGGAGGAGCGUGGGAGAUCACUCUGCAAAUAGAGGCCCCGAGGGUGCCACCUCUCUGGGCUUCGGGUUCAGGCUAUGUAGGCCAGCUGAAUCACCUCGUAGGGGUGGGCUUCCGUCUUCUUCUGCCUGUACAGUGAUUUUUAGGUGUUCAGUGUUAACCCCAGUGUUAUUUCAGAACACAUCUGUAGAGUGUGUGAGUUUGUGUGCCCAGGAACACACACCCCUUUAACAUUGUGCCUGCCUGCCUGCCUGCCCUCAGUACCUCUGUUGUCAUGUCUCUGACAUGUUUUGACAGAACGUUCCUUGUCUUUAUUUAUAACAGUAUUGUUUAUUUUCUCUCCUGUGUGUAUAUGUACAUGUGUCCUUAUUUUCCAUCGGCAUUGUUCAGUGUAAAUGUACGGAUCAGACGGGAAACUUUGUAGGUCUUCUGAAAGAACCUCAUAUCUCCAAACAGGCUACUAGGAGUUGGAUUGAAAAGAAAGAAAGAGAGGAAUGUAGGAGAUGGCAUUCAGAAAAAGUUUUUCUUUAUUUACUUACAGUAUUUUUAACAUUUGAUAAAUGGAAUUACUUGCUGUUGUGGAUGUCAAGCUUGCAUACCUAUUAGUGCUGUCAAAACAAAAAAGGAAAUUUGCGAUUAAUUCAACAUUUUUAACACAAAAUUAAUGUUCCAUCACAAUACGAUAUAAUAUAAAUUAUUUGGGAAACAAUACCAUAUGUGCUGAUAUCACAAAGUCUACCACAAUACAACUUCCAGACAUUAUCACAUGAUUUAAUCGGCAUUAUCAGUGGUUAUCCAACCAUCCUGGGUUACAAGGGGCUUACUCCACCUGCUAGCAGGUUGAGAUGGUCAUUGUCAGCCCAGAAAAUGGGCUGCUAUACUAAGGUUAUUGUUAUCCACUAACCUCUAGUGGCCGUAGUAAUUAAUAGCAAAGAAGGACAUGACAUUGUAUAUGGAUGUUGCCUUUCAUCUCUGGGACACAAGUUCAUAAAGACAUAAAGUUUUAAACAAAAGAUAACUUUGUAAGUGAUUUUUAUAUCCUGUACGUGUCCCGACAUGUGUAACACAGGGUUACAUAGUUUUUAUUUUCUAAAAUUAUAUAGUAAUUUUAGUGCCUAAACCUAACGAAAGUGGAAGUGAAAUGUAACCAAACAGCAACCGGCCUAUGAAUAAGCUGAUAACGACCUUCUGCACCUACUAGACGGUGGAGUAGUCGCCUUCUAACCCAUAUGAAUGAAUCUGGUAAGGACUGAUAACAGCCACAUUAAAUCAAAUGAUAACAUUAGAAACGGGUGUUUCGAUUCGAUUAAAUAUCGAAUGAUAUAUUGUGGUUAUAUAACAUAAUUAUUUACAUUUAUAUCUAUAACUAGAAUAGGAUUUCACAAUUUCCAGACAGUUUAAUGAAUGUUAGGUUACAUUUUGGCACGGAAACAAUGGUACGACCGUUUUCACCUCUGACCUCAAGAUACCUGAAUGAAAAUGGGUGUGUGCCCAUGAGUCUCCCCUUUACAGACAACUAGUCUUAAGAUAAAGAAAAAAAAAAGAUUAAGUGUAAAUAAUUACAGCAAAUUGUGUGAUGAAUUAGUUCAUUUUUUUUAAUCGAUCCGAUUGACAGCCCUAAUAGGUAUUUAUCUCCAGAGCCCAAUCCAGAGUCAGAAGGUUUGUUUUAAUAUACUCUGACAGUGUAUUUUUAUCGCACUUAAUGAAAACACUGACUUGAUUGAAAUCCGCAGGAGCAGUAGUGAGCUUUUUGCAUCAGAAUCGAUAUAAAUACUGCACUGCCAUUAUUCGGCAUGCUUUUGCUGGAACAGGAAUGCGUAAAAGUAUUAAUCGCCCCCUUUCACUUUGCAGAGAUGCAAUGCAUAUAAAAAGCAGCUUUGUAGGAGAAAAACAUAGGCUGGUUGUAGCAGUCAGACAAGGUUUUUGUUUAAGCUCAAUGGAGUGAUUGUCAGCGAGCCAAGCAGGCAAACAAAUGCAUGUCCCAUCCACUGGUACAGUCUUUUGCCACCUGUAGCAUGCAUCACCGGCUUUGCAUUUUGUAUGGUAUCCAUGCCGACAUAUAAAAAAGGCUAAAAGGAGACACUGUCUUGUUGUGUGCCAUCCGUCUGUCGUCUGAUAUCUGUCUGAGUGCUCCGCGGCCCAGGUCAAGCACUCUGCUGUAUGUGCAGCAACAAUCCACUGCUGUGGUGACUAAUAACGUGUUCAGCUGGCAAAGAGGCAUGUCGAGGGGAGAAUGCGUUGCUUUAGCAACCACCUUUUUUCCUCUGACUCACUCGGUGACAUGCAGGAAAGAUGAACUCCUGACCUAUGAGUCCUGGAAAAAAACAGAGCAACACAUAAAAUAUACCUUGGACAUUUUUAAAGCAAAGGAAAUAUACUUUCACUGCCUGAAAAGCCCCCUAAAACAAGUGUUUGUUUCAAACCUGCCAAACAUAAAAUGAAACGCUCUAAAAAAAAAAAUACAGUUGCCAUUUUUUAUUUGUUGAUAUUUUUAUGUGCAUUUUCAUUUUCUGUUUUUGUUUUCUCUCUGACAAAAUUAUCUACAAUACUGCCAUUAUUUUUUGGUGACUGUCUGAGCUGAAUAUUGGAAAGCCAUAGGUUAGAGAUGUCAAAAUGCAAAACUGUUAUUGAUCUGUGAGAUGUGAUGCAGAGUGCACCCGGGUGUUGGUUUUUUUUUUCAGUAAAUGUUCAAUUCUCUCCUUAUUGUGCAAUCAUAUUGCCAAAGAAUGAUUUCAAGACCUAUUUCAUCACUACAUGUAAAUAUCAACGUUGUCCAAUACCGUGGCAAAAAAUAUAUAAAUGUUGUUUUAUUUUGUUUUCCAUUUUCUGAAAAACUGCAAUGAUGUUUAUGUGAUGUAUUGUCUUCCAGUUGGUUGCAAUAAUAAAAAAUACAAGUUGCAGAA